GCUCUGGGAGGAGGGACGGUGCUUUGUGUACAUGGCCUUAGCCGUACAAUUAAUUCCCGUUCCGAUUACUGUGUAGACUGUCCCCGUCUGAGCAGACGUCGCCAGCGUGUCUUUGGAAGAAACCAGUUGGCAGCUUUCGGCAGACGGUCAGAGCGCUUCGUCCGGUUAUAAUACCCUUCGUUCUCGUUCGUUACAGCUACUAACACGGUUUCGACAACAGAAAGCCGACUAUUUGAAGCCACCCUGCAGCUAAAACCAUCUACAUUUGAGUAAUGGACUUGAAAUUUGAAGGCUCCGAGUGACGGAUUAAUGUAUAGACAUAGCUAGCCAGCUACCACGUUACAAAGCUGUGAAGUUGCACCAGGAGAAAGAGGAAAAAACAGUUAUUUGUAUCUGCAUAAAACAUUUGUAACAAGCCAGAUUUCCAGCAGGAAUGCCGGGCUUCGACUAUAAGUUUUUGGAGAAACCAAAGAGACGGUUCCAGUGUCCUUUAUGUAGUAAGACAAUGCGAGAACCCGUGCAGGUUUCUACCUGUGGACAUCGAUUCUGUGACACCUGUCUACAGGAAUUCCUAAGUGAGGGGGUCUUCAAGUGUCCUGAGGACCAGCUGCCCCUGGACUAUGCCAAGAUCUACCCCGACCCGGAGCUGGAGCAGCAGAUCAUGUCUCUGCCCAUCCGCUGCAUCCACAGCGAGGAGGGCUGCCGCUGGACCGGCCAGAUGAAGCAGCUGCAGGGCCACUUCUCCACCUGCGCCUUCAACGUGAUCCCCUGCCCCAACCGCUGUGCCGCCAAGCUGACCCGCCGUGACCUGCCCGACCACCUGCAGUACGACUGCGUCAAGCGCAAGGUCAAGUGCGAGUUCUGCGGCAACGAGUUCACCGGCGAGGCCUACGAGAACCACCAGGGCAUCUGUCCCCAGGAGAGUGUUUACUGCGAGAACAAGUGCGGUGCGCGCAUGAUGCGCAGACUCCUGUCCCAGCACAGCCUGGCCGAGUGUCCCAAGCGCACACAGCCCUGCAAGUACUGCGGCAAGGAGUUCGUCUUCGACACCAUCCAGAACCACCAGUACCAUUGCCCGCGGUUCCCGGUACAGUGCCCGAACCAGUGCGGCACGCCGAACAUCGCCCGGGAGGACCUGGCCGCCCACGUGAAGGAGAGCUGCUGCAGCGCCCUGGUGCUCUGCCCCUUCAAAGACGCGGGCUGCAAACACAGGUGCCCCAAGCUGGCGAUCGGCCGACACCUGGAGGACAGCACCAAGUCCCACCUGACCAUGAUGUGCAGCCUGGUGACCCGGCAGAGGCAGGAGAUCCUGGAGCUUCGCAGGGAGCUGGAGGAGCUGUCCGUCAGCCACGACGGCGUGCUCAUCUGGAAGCUGGCCGACUACGCCCGCCGGCUGCAGGAGUCCAAGCUGCGCAGCAACCACGAGUUCUUCAGCCCGCCCUUCUACUCCCACCGCUACGGCUAUAAGCUGCAGGUGUCGGCCUUCCUCAACGGCAACGGCAGCGGCGAAGGAACGCACCUGUCCAUCUACAUCCGGGUGCUGCCGGGCGAGUACGACAGCCUGCUGGAAUGGCCCUUCUCCUACAAGGUCACCUUCUCCAUCCUGGACCAGAGCGACCCCUCCCUGUCCAAGCCCCAGCACAUCACCGAGACCUUCAACCCCGACCCCAACUGGAAGAACUUCCAGAAGCCCUGCCCCAGCGCCCGCAACUCGCUGGACGAGAGCACACUGGGCUUCGGCUACCCCAAGUUCAUCUCCCACGAGGAGAUCAAGAAGAGGAACUACAUCCGAGACAACGCCAUCUUCCUCAAGGCCUCCAUAGACAUCCCCCAGAAGAUUAUCGCCUGA